AUGCUCUCCAUACCUCCGUCACGAGCGAUUACGCUCACUCUACAUACAGAGGAAGAAGAAGAAGAAGAAUCCCUGUGCAUGCUUUUCGUUCAACUCUUGUUCUCUAACUAUCGAUUCCUUGCGAAGUGUAGUGGUUACUUUGUGAUAGCACGGCCCCAUCUGUACUUACCAACCAUGACCGUCACCGCAGCGACAGUGGCCAACUUCGCCAUGAUUAUCACCAUGGUCAACGUCUCCAGCCUAAUUUCGUACUGUUUUGGAAAAUACCGAACCAGCAUCCCUUCCCCCUACGGAUGGGCCUUCGACAUCGCCUUCGGCACCGAGAGCUUCUUGAACGUCGUCAUAGGUGGCUUUCUCGUGAGUGCUAUGAAAGGUGUGAAAGCGACGCCUUCGCAAAUAGCAAUCGAAACAAUUCAAACUAUCCGGGCGUUCCUGACUUGGAAUUGCGUCAGCAGUAUGUUCUGUUAUACCUGCAGCAUAUACCUCGCCAAAAACCUCUCGGAUACGAUGAAAAUAGAAGAAAUGAAGAAAAGCAGUCCGAAUGUAACUGAGAAGCAAUUUAGGCAACAGAUGUUUAUUGGAAUGGUUGUGGCUUACACGGCGAUCUUUGCCAUCAAGGCAGCAAUCUUGUACACCAUCUAUGACUUCUACAAGGCAGCCAAGGAAAAAGGCGGCGACCUCGAAGAGCCGGUGGCUUUCUUCUUUCCGGCACAACAGCAAGGAGGAAGAGGUCUGCCUAUCAUGGCCGGUCAGUUCCAGUUUAACCGGCCACCAGGGUCUCCUAACGUGGUCUCACGUGAACCUCCUGCCAUGCUGGUCAACCUCCCUGUUCUACGGCACUUGCCACCGGCUGCUGCACCUGCACGUGCAUUGACUCCAGCGUAGAAUAUUUACAGUACCACGUGACCCAAUAAAAUUUUACAUCUAGAAAGCCACGAAGCACGCCGAUGGAACCUGCAGCCCCAGGCCCCACCUGGCCCUUUCGAACAUAAGGAA